AGCGCGGAGCUGUCAUCCCUCAUCUUCGGACUGGAGAGCAGGACCCUUCCAAGUCUUCUUUUACCGUCUUUUCGCCUUUGUUUCGCACUCAUUUCCGUCAGUCCCACUCGUAAAUUCACCUUCUUUCUAGUCAGUGGAUUUUAAACAAGUUAUCUGUACUUUCCGGAUCGUUUUGCAUUCACGCCCUCGGUAUCAUCACCAUGUCCGGAGAAGACACACCUGCCCCACAGCAAUCCGAGGACCAGGUCCAGAAGGGGCAACCAGCGGGCGAGCCCGAAGCGGAGCCGCCGCAGGAGCCCCAGGGCGAGGCGUCUAACGAGGCGGCUACCGAGGCGGCUACCGAGGCGGCUACCGCGGCGACUACCGAGGCGGAGGAGUCGCAGCCAGCUUCCACUGCUGCGAACGACAAAGCGCCGGAGGAGGAAGCUUUCACGUACCGCGCUCUCGUGUUAACGGGCUAUGGAGGAUACGAUAAAGUGAAGCUCCAGCUGAAAAAGGGACGGCCGAACCCCAGGAGCGGAGAGGUGACGGUGCGAGUAAAGGCGUGCGGGGUGAACUUCCCAGAUUUGCUGGCGAGGCAGGGUCUCUACGACCGACUGCCGUCUCCGCCGGUCACGCCCGGGAUGGAAUGCUCUGGUUUUAUUGAAGCGGUCGGCGAAGACGUCACGGAUAGGAAAGUAGGAGACAGGGUGAUGGUUCUGGAGAGGUGUGGUCUCUGGCAGGAGGUGGUUCUUGUGAAAGCUGACCACACCUUCCUCAUGCCUGAGGGCAUGACCUAUGAAGAGGGUGCCGCCUUUCCUGUCAGCUACAUCACCGCCUACGUGUUGCUGUUCGAAAUGGCCAACAUCAGACCCAACAAGAGUGUUCUCAUCCACAUGGCAGCAGGUGGAGUUGGCAUUGCUGCCACACAGCUAUGCCAGACAGUGAGUGAUGUCACGGUCUUUGGCACAGCCUCAGCCAAUAAGCACGAGGUGAUCAAACAGGGCGGAGUCAUGCACCCCAUCGACUACCGAACCCGCGACUACGUAGAGGAGAUCCGCAAGAUUAGCCCUCAAGGCUUAGAUGUUGUACUGGAUCCCCUGGGAGGGUCAGACACCCAGAAGGCUUUUAACCUGCUCAAGCCCAUGGGGACACUUGUUGUGUAUGGAGCCGCUAACAGACUAUCAGGACAGAGGAAGAACCUGUUAGCCCUGGCCAAGUCCUGGUACAGCCAGUUUACCAUCAGUGCCCUGAGUCUCAUGCACUCCAACAAGGCCGUGUGCGGUUUCCACCUGGGCUACCUGGAUAAUGAGUUCGCCCUUAUCUCAGGUGUGCUUCAAAAACUGCUCCACCUGUACCAGCAGGGCAAGAUCAAACCACGCAUCGACUCCACCUACCACUUUGAGCAGGUGAGUGAUGCCAUGCGGCGAAUGCAGGACAGAAACAACAUUGGUAAAGUGAUCCUGCUCACUGAGCCCAAGAAGGAAGAGCCCAAAUCCAAAGAGGAUUCCAAAGAUCAGAAGGAGGAGGGGCAAAAUGACAUCAAGAAGGAGGAGCCUAAAGAGGGGGUGGAGACAGAGCAACCAAAGACAGGAGAGAGUUAGGCCAACUCCCCGAUGCUGUGAUGUCUUUUAAUAAUGAGAGUCACUUCUUCAGAUGGGAAGAGCUGAAAUCUAAAAUCCAGGGCUUGAUCUUCACUGGGGUGGGGUGGGGUGGGGCUGUGAUCAUACACAGCCAUUCUUUUCCAAAUAAACCGCAGAGCAGAUCCAUAAGAAUAAUUUAGGAUGUUUGGUAUUUCCAAGGGACCUGGCCCAUUUUACAUUAAAUACUCUGUGGAAUGCAUUACGCCAGUGGAACCAGAAAAAUGUUAGAAUGUUGAAAUAUUAAAUCAAAUCACCCACAACAGCUGAUGAACAUGGGAUGGCUUUUAAAAAUGUAUUUGCAAACGUAAAGGCCUAAAAAAAAAGCAUAUUGAAAUAUAUUUUGCAUACAUAAAGGCCUAAAACAGCACAUUUCAUUGAUCAACCUCAUGGGCCCCCACCCUAAUCCUGAAUCAUCUCUGCAAAAGGAAAAAAAAUAGCUACAAACAGAUUUAUUGUUAUUUUGUUUUCCAUUAGUUAAUCAAUAAGGAGUUUGUGCAAGCAAACAGAAGCUGAUUUGUGAUGUGUGCUGAACAAGUUGAGUUUGUUGGAGAGAGUAGCAGAGACAGUUCACAACACGUCUCUGCUGAUUGGGUAUUGGACAGUAAACAUGUCACUCACACACGAUUCCGACAGGGUCAGGGGCGGACUGGAAGCCUGCUCUCACACCACAGACUGUAAUCUGGGCUGUAGUCUGUCACGCACCUAAGGAAACACACGGCCAGCACUCUGUUUUGGGGUUUGGAGGAACCUCUUUCUAAAUGAGGAUGACCAACUAUCAUGAGGUUAGGUAGUUAGUAUUUCUUUGGUCGUAUACUGAACCCUUCGGAUUGCCGAAGAUCAGCCAAGCUAGUGCAGGGUUCUGGAGUUGCACCCACUGCAGGCCAGCCUUCUCGAGUACUGCGUCAGCUGUUUCUAGUGUCCUCUACUCAAGGGUUAGCCACCCAGUCACAGCAAAGAGCCUGCCAGACCUUCACUGCCUUUCAGUCACAUUCCACCAAAAGGUUUAGAUGUUAUAUGAGUUAAACGAGUUAAAAUCUUCACUGUUUUUUCUGUGUCAUAUAAGAUUUCCACCCUGCUGAAUGUGUUUGUAUCCAGCUGUCUGCCUUACUUCUUCUUUGAUCCAGAAUAUCUUUAUCACACACACACACACACACACACACAUGUGCGCGCGCACACACACACACACACACACACACACAAUAGUGUUCCUGUUAGGAAAUUUGAAUCUGGUUAACUCAAGGUCAUGUUUCUGCUGUUACGUCAGACCUUCCUGUUUUCCCCUCACUGUUCACUGCUGGAUCUGAAAUGCAAAAUAUUUUGCAACACAGUCUAGCAGACAUGCCACUUAAUAGUGCAGUGUCAAAUAAGGUCACCCUCGUCCCUUUGACCCCCUUGUAGCCCACUCUGAAUCACACCCCUGCAGAGCAGGACCCAGUAAACAGUUAACUCGUGCAGCGGCUUUCAGAAGGAAGCAGAUGUUUUUUGCAGCUGUGGUAGAUGUAACGCUGUGGUCCUGCUCGGAGGAAACUAAAGUUCAUAUCCUGACUGAAGCUAACCUUGCACAUUCCUCUCUUCUACAGUCUUUCACUCACCUCGCCUGCCCUAUCUGCGCUAAGUUCACUCCAGCUCACUUCAACCCCCAAAACAAAGCUCACUUCACUUGGUUCACUUCAACCCCCUAACCAAGAGAAAGACUGGCAGUCAUACACAUCUGGACUCUUAAUUAUUGUAACCCUUUUAAAAAUGUGAGAUAUGUUUGAUUUAUCACUGUGCUUCAUUGCCUCUCUUGUGCUUGUCGUCAGUUUUGAGUGGGGUGUGAGUGAAGUCACGGCCCGGAGUGUGGAGCGGGCCAGGGGAGUGUGGGGGUUUUCCGAAUGCAUUCGGUUUUCCCGCCUCCCAAAUGGCGAAUGGUGAGGAACAAUUUAAGUUUAAGAUUUGUGUGCUCACACCAUGUUUCUUUUGAAAAACAUUGUUACCUUUGAUCUGUGCUUUCAUCUCUUGCCCACCUCAGCAGACAUCAGCUUGAAUUUGGUCUCUAAAGGGGUCAAAUUGACAGAACUGAGGGGGGCAGCUGUAGUUUGGCUUUGGUACAUCCUGUAUUGCUUGAUGUUUUGAAGUCACUGUUUGUAGAACCUGUAAUGACUUGGGCAUUCACAAGCCUCCUAAGAAAUACUGCUUUUCUUUAUCUAAUGCUGUUGAAAAUGUGAUGCUUUAAAUGUGUGGUGUUGCAGUUUUGCCUUACAAGAUAUCUUACAAGUUAUUUUACAUGUUAUCUGGACUGAAUAAAAUGCUUAUGAAAACCACA